UUUUUAACAAUCAUUGAUGAACAACAGGACAACGCGAUAACUGAGAGCAAGAAGAGCAAACUAGAGUUCAUCAUGAAAAUCGAAGCCGAUUCCGAUGUUCAAGCUCCUCUUCUUCCAGAAAUACUCCAAUCGGCGACUGAGAACUCCAAUGCUUCGAUUCUCGGCGCGGUUUUCAAUGUAUCCACCACUAUAAUCGGCGCAGGAAUCAUGUCUAUCCCUGCGACUUUCAAGAUACUCGGAGUGAUACCGGCUUUCGUCUCAAUGACAAUCGUUGCCUUCUUGGUGGAUAUCUCCGUCGAAUUCAUGCUUAGAUUCACUCAUUCAGGUCAUUCGACGACUUACGCUGGCUUGAUGCGCGAAUCCUUCGGAUGGCCAGGAUCCAUAGCUGUACAGGUUUCUGUUAUGAUCACCAAUCUCGGUUGCUUGAUCAUCUAUUUGAUUAUUAUUGGAGACGUUUUGUGCGGUAAUCAACCUGAUGGAAUAACGCACUUUGGCGUCCUGCAAGAAUGGUUUGGCGUUCAUUGGUGGAACGCUCGCGAUUUUGUACUCUUUUUAGUUGUUGUCUUUAUCAUGCUACCAUUAGUGAUGGUCCGUCGUGUUGAAUCUUUGAAGUUCAGUUCUGCUGUGUCGAUUUUUCUAGCACUUGUAUUUGUGGCCAUAUGUUUUGCAAUGGCAAUUUCUGCAAUAUUUGCCGGAAAAACAGAGACCCCCAGGCUAGUACCUCAUUUGGACGGCCAAGCUUCCUUCUUCAAUCUUUUUACUGCCAUUCCAGUCAUUGUCACUGCCUUCACUUUCCAUUUCAAUGUUCAUCCAAUUGGAGCCGAGUUUCCUAAACAAGAUCAAAUGAGGUGUGCAGUUAGAAUCUCGCUCGUACUCUGCGCAUCCAUCUACAUUGCUGUUGGUAUAUUCGGGUAUCUUCUAUUCGGAGAUUCCAUCAUGUCUGACUUACUCAUGAACUUUGAUCAGAGCUCCGAUUCUGCAUUUGGUUCGUUGAUGAACGACGCCGUUCGACUGAGCUAUGCACUCCAUCUAGUUCUAGUGUUCCCUUUACUGAAUUUCUCAUUAAGGGCUAAUAUUGACGAAUUCUUGUUCCCAAAUCAACCUCCAUUGGCAACAGACAAUUCGAGAUUUCUCCCCAUCAGUUUCAUCUUGCUGAGCAUAUCUUACCUGUUAGCUAUAACAAUUCCGGAUAUAUGGUAUUUCUUUCAGUUCAUGGGAUCCACUGCAGCCGUCUGCCAAGCUUUCAUCUUUCCUUCUGCAAUUGUUCUAAGAGAUGUUCAUGGGAUAUCAUCAAGGAGGGACAAGACGAUUGCUACUUUGAUGACUGUUCUUGCUUUAGUUACAAGCACAAUCGCGAUUGUCACAAAUAUCUGUAAUCUUUUCGGAACCAAAUCCUAACCAUUGUUCUCUAUACUUUUGGGUCAUGGUUCAUUUUUUGUAUUGUAUCAAAUUCUAUACAAACUAUGUAUGAAUGUAUUUUUAUAUUCAAUACCAUGUUUUAUAUUCUUUUGUA